AUGGUUAACAGAAACUCAAGUUAUAUCUCCCACUUGGCCAAGAAUGAAGGAAGAGAGAGUGAAAAAAACUUUAUAGCGACUAAGGUUGCUAGUUCAUCUGACAGGGACACCUCAGAAAAUCACAAAAUUCACCAUGACAACAAGUUACCAUUUUAUCUGAAACUUUCCAUGUUUGGAAUUUUAGUUUUGGUUUUGCAAUGCUUCAAUGAGAAUACCUUCGGAAACUCUUUUGAGUGUGAAAACAUAAUGCAAGAAGGAGCCCUGGACUUGGGGGUUAAUCGAAGCUUGGGAGAAUUGGUAAAGAAUGUAUCCACUCCAAAACGAACAAUAAAAAUAUCAAACAUUCCCGAAAAAAUUGAAGAAGAAAGUAGCAUCUCCGAAUAUGUUGAAGAAGUGGAUAAUGAUGACGAUGAAGAGGAUGAUAAAGAAAAAUACAGAAAAAUGGCAGAAGAAGCUUAUAAGCAAAAGAUGGAAGAAAGGUACAGGAUGGAAAUGGAAGAGGAUGGACCUACACAUGUGCCAGGACCAGGACAUAAUCACAAUCAUGGUCCACCAAACUUGUCUGAAGAGGAACUUAUCCAAUUAUUAAAAGUAUUACCACCACCACCACCAGAGUUUUUCAAAAGAAGAUUCGGAAUUGUACCAGGCUCAAAUGCAGAUAGAAGACUUCCAUUUAAUAACCCACAACAAAUGUUACAAUUUCUAAAAUUAGUAAAUGAGAAACACAACAUGGUAUGUGGUAAUGAUUCAUGUUGCAAUGAUGGUAAUUGUGAAGAAGAUGAAGAAGAAAAUCCAUCCGUUAUAGAUAAUAUAAUUCGUGAUAUAAGUAAUGUAGCUCCAGUUAUUUUACCUGCGAUUCCCCCCGUCUUGAUGAUGUUCAUUGGAACCCAAAGAACGUACUUAUUGUUAUAUACACUAUCUUUAAUAAAAGAUGCUUACAAUUUUAUACAAAGAGCAAGAAAUCAAUGA